UUUUAAUUGCCUGUCAAUUGUGAAGUUAAGUGAAAUUGUAAUUUCUCGAAUAAGGACGCUGCCGAAAGUACUAAAGACCAAGCCCUUUUUUGUUUACAAAUUCUUCUAUUUAAUUUAUUUGGAUUUCAAGUUAUCUUAUUUGUUUUGUAUUUUAUCUAAAAUAAAUGAAAUACAAACAAAUUCUUCCACAUUUCAUUCAUUAAUCACGUUUAUUUUGACCGACUACAUAAUUGGGCGUCAACCACCUCGAAUAAACAAACGACGAAGACUCAUUUCAUCCAAUUAACAUAAAUUAUUCUAGUGAUGGCAGUGUUAAGUUCAUGUUGGUCACCAUUCAUUUGGUCAAAUAAUGUUAAAUCUGGAAGCUUAGCAGUUGCAGUUUAUACUGCUGCAUUAUCUAUCUGCAGCAUAACGAUGAUUGUCUACAUGUUACUAGGAGGUGAAUCUUCGCAAUUAUAUUCCCCUCUCUUCGAGACAGAUGUACGACACUCGAUGUUGGUUUACGGAGGAUUGUAUAUCUUUUACUUUUUACUCCUCACCGUCUCAUCGUAUUUAAUUUAUGUUGCAAUUAGAAUCAAUACUCGCGGGUGGCUCUUACCUUGGCUUAUCCUUGCUGGACUUGGCAUUGUUUAUCAGCUACUGUUUGGAAUUUGGCUCAUUGCAGGAUAUUAUAUUUAUCUGGAGCAAACGCUUUCUGCCUUACUGAACUUUGUUUGGAUGUUCUACAACGGAUACUGUUGGUUGUGUGUCUUUUCUCAGUAUCAAAUAUUUUUGAAGUAUCAAAAUCCUAAUAUUGAACUUCUUAUGCCAUAAUACUGGUAAUUAUUUUUCUACACAAAUAUACAAAUUACAUUAAGCCUUUUAAAUAGUUAACAAUAAUUCCGUCCACAAAUAAUAAAGUUAUAAAUUUUAUACACAAUUUGACUAAAUUUAAGUAAGAUAAUAAAUUUUUGUUUUAAUUCAUA